UGUCGAUCAUGGCACACGGGUUGCCCAGACCCUAAUCAGGAAAAGGGGCGUUCUCCGCUCUCGCUGGUGCUCUUGGAGCUCUCGCUAAGGCGACAAUGGAGGCGAAUUCGUCGGAGGCGAAGAACGCCCACUUGCUACCUCUUCCCUUGACGCCUAGGUCUCCGAAACGCCUGUUGUUCGACAACCGUUAUGGCUGGAUCUUCGACGAGUGGAAGGAUCCGUCUGAAGAAGCCUAUGCAGGCGGUCGAGGAAUGUUUUGCAUCUUGCCAAUAGCUAAGUCUUUGGUGAACGCCGCUUCGCAUUCGGCUUUGCACAGGUUAAGGCCCUUGGCAACCCUCCACAUCUUUCGCCCUCGGUUGUUAUCCUGCAAUCACUGGAAUCAUAUUGACCUUGCUAUUAAGUCCGUCGGCAGAGCUAUCCAGUCUCCAGAUCAAUUUUCUCCACACGAGCUGCGUGCAAACCUGAGCAAUCAAUUUGCUAAGCUUACCCCUUGUGCGCUACAAUGGAAUCUUAAUCUGAUGAACUUGGGCAAGAACAAUCAUCCCAACGACACAGAAAACCCCACCAAGUCUGUAGAGGGGGAUCCCACAAAAUGAUGCUCCUGUUUAGUUUCUGUUGGAUGAUUUAUCUUCUGCUUCAAGCUUUUUUUUUUAGUAUUUGUGGCAUUGGAAAAGCAUGGCUAAUCGAUCCUUUUGGUCAAUAGAAAUACGAAUACUUAGCUAAAAUGAUUUCCCCUACUUAUUUGUGAUCCUCACGCCCAUUCACCAGUAUUCCUGACCCCUCCUUUUGUCUAGCAUCUUGAACCACUUCCUGUUCAUCUCGUGCGCCUCUCUUUCGUUUGAGAUUACUUCUCCUUUAUCAUGAGUCGCCUUUUGACCGUUACUCCGUCGUCUCUCACCAUCCAUCGUGGGUCGGUCGGUCAGUCUUCGUCUAAAGUUUCCUUUUUUUUAUUGUUAUCUCCUUAUCUGCCUAUCCGUGUCUCAUGCUACUUUCUCUAUUUGUAAUAAUCUUCUCUCUAUUUAUCAUCAUUUAAUAUACUAAUUAAUAUUAUAACCUAAGCUUAAUUAAUCCUUCUAAAAUUAUUUUAAAUUAAUAACUGAAUAAAUCCUUAUAUCAGUUCACGUAUUUGAAUCACAGUGUUGUUUUUUUGCAAUAUUUUUUUCGUUUAUAUUCAAAAUUCUGAAUCAUAUCGUAUCCAGUCCAAUAAUUACAUGUCUUGUUAUGGGACCAAUUUAAAUUAAAAGCGAUCACGCGCAACCACUCCUCGCUUGUCCUUUAGAUACUAGGCUCCAGAGGGGGCCCUACAGGGAGCCCACUAUUUAUCUGCGGGCCCCGCGCACUCCUCCAAUCACUGCACACUUUUGCCCAGGUUGGUGCACGAGUGGGUACGGAAGUCAAUUUAUUUUAUUUAAUAAUUCGCAUGCGACUUUUAAAGGUCCACCGUGGGUUUCCGUGGCACCAUCGAGGGGUUGGGAAUCAUCUGGGCCUGCGAUCUCGCCCACUCGCCAGUUUCGAUCGUUCUCGGCAUCCGCUCCUUCCCCUACCAGCCGCCGCACUCGAUCCCUUCUCCGCUUCCGCCGCCUUUAUCUCUUCCUCAAUCUCAUCCCACUGCCGAGCAA